AUGGCUAGAGAUCGAUAUCAUUUAGAUCCUGAUUCUGCUUUUCGCUUACGAAUCAUCAAAAGUCGUAAAAGGGAUGGUCUGCAAUAUAAUAUGCCCAUCAUUGAGGAAGUUGUUGGUUUAAUAGUUGGUGAUCUUAGUGAAGAAAAUUUUGAGCGUGAUAUCAUUGUUGAACAUCGUACAAAUGGUCUUCAACGCAUUAUGGAUCUACAUCCAAAUGCUUACAUGGCAAUUGAAGAAGGUCGUUUUAGGUGGAUACAUAACAAUCAAGAACAGUUACAAACUGCCUUAUAUCGUGGAUUAAUGGAUGUUAUACACUGUGGAGAUACAGAUGGUAUUUAUACUAUCGAAUUCCAAAAGAGAGGCUUGUCGCAUGCGCAUAUAUUAUUAUUUUUGGAUUCCAAAUCCAAAAACCCGUCGGGCGAGCAUAUUGAUAGAAUCAUUACUACAGAGAUUCCAGAUGCAAAUAUUGAUCCUGAUGGUUUUAACGUCGUGAACAAAUUUAUGAUUCAUGGUCCAUGUGGAGAUCUCUAUUCAAGAUCCCCAUGUAUGGUGCAAGAGAACACUAAUCUUGAGGCAGUUAUUGCAAGACCAAGUGUUGGGAAAACUAAGUUCACCGAAUGGUUUGAGACAAACAAAAAAUAUGAAGAUGCUCGACAACAGAGUUAUUCAUCAUUCCAAAUGGAAUGGGUUUGGAAUUCUAAGGACAAGGUGUCGAGUAGACGCAAAAAGGGCAUUUCAAUCGACAUACGCACAAUAGAUGGAUUUAUGCACCCUACUUACAAGGGAGCAUGUUAUGCACACGGAUUGUUAGAUGAUGAUAGUGAAUGGAUUGAUUGUUUGGAAGAAACAUCAAGUUGGGCUACUGGAUACAAGUUACAACAUUUGUUUGUGACAAUCCUUACCCAUUGUCAGGUUUCAGACGCUCUUCGUUUAUGGAAUACACAUUAUGAAAUACUCUCCAAAGAUAUAACUAUCAUGCAGCGCAAACGGUUCAAGGUCAACAACUUGAAAUUGACUGCCUCAGAACUUGAAGCAUAUACUUUGUUCGAAAUAGAGUCAAUCAUGGUGAAAAUAGGGAAGAGUUUGAACGAAAUUGAUGGAAUGCCACUUCCAAAUCAACAAUUACUACUCGAGUUACGAAAUAGGUUGGUAAAUGAAGAACUCGACUACAAUCGUGAAGAUUUAAGAGUUGUUCAUGAUACCAAUUUCUCAUUGCUCAACCAAUGUCAAAGCAAGGCUUAUGAAGCUAUUAUGGAUUUUAUUUACGAAGAUCUUGGUCAAUUGAUAUUCAUCCAUGGUCGUGUUGGAACAAGGAAAACAUUCCUUUGGAAAACAAUUGUUGCAAGACUUAGAUCAAAGGGAAAAAUUGUAUUACCUGUAGCCUCUUCUGGUAUUGCAGCAUUGUUAUUGCCAAAUGGAAGGACUGCUCAUUCUAGAUUCUGUAUACCUUUAGAUGUAACUGCAGAAUCAACAUCUUUAGACAAGAGUCUACGUGACAUACUGAGCACCCGUUAUGAAGAUAACAAAUCAAGGCCAUUUGGUGGUCUAACGGUCGUUUGUGGUGGUGAUUUUCGUCAAAUCUUGCCAGUCAUUCCAAGAGGUACUCGGUUGGAUAUUGUUAAUGCAUCACUUAAUUCUUCACAUUUGUGGCCGUUGUUUCGAGUGUACGAGCUUAACCAAAACAUGCGCCUUCUACAUAAAAGUGUGUCUCCCUCAGAAGUCCUUCACAUCAAAGCAUUUGAUGAUUGGAUGUUACAAAUAGACGAUGGAUCAUAUUAUGAUAAUUUUGAGGAUGAAAUGCUCAAGCUUCCUUCAGACAUUUGUUUAGAACAAUCUGAGCACCCGAUACAAUCCAUACUUGAAGUAGUUUAUCCCUCACUAUUAGAUAAUUAUAAUGAUCCUUCGUAUCUUACGGGAAGAGCUAUUUUAACUCCAAAAAAUAAUAUGGUGCAAGAAUUAAAUGAAUGCAUUAUGGAUAUAAUACCGAGAGAAGGAAGGACAUACCUUAGUUCUGACAAUGUUUGCAAAAGGCAAUGUGUAAUCUAA